UCGAAAUCGAGUUUGCGGCGACGAAACAACAAACAAAAAGUGCUAACUCGACAGACCGAGCGACGAGUGCUCCGAGUUCCGUGCGUGUGUGUCAUUCCAGCUGAAAACCAUUGAGUUCCGCUUCAAAAUCGAAGAUUAAACAGCAGAAGGGCGAAAGAAGGCCAAUCGAUAAACGAAAGAACCGUUCCGUUCCGAGUUGGAAGAAAGUGGAAACUGAAAGUCACUUGAAUCUCUGUUCCUGCGUUACCGUGUUGCGAAACCGUUAAAACUGCCGCUCCCAAACAUUCGCUGCGAUGGCCACCUCAUCGAUACUCGCCAAAAGCACAAUUAACAGCACAUCGCCACCGGCCACGCCCAGCAGUUCCGCCUCCUCCGCCGCCUCCACAUUGACCACCCGGAAGCGGACCUACGAGACAGCCAUUGCCAUGCCCUCGUCCACCAGCGCCUCAAAGGGAUCGGGCUCGGAUGUCCAGGAUCAGCGCACAAACAGCCCCGGCAAGGGGCUGUCCAAGUCCAAGGGCGUGGGCCAGCUGGAGGGCGUGCUGGUGGUCGGCGAGGGAGCCAGUGAGCCCACCACCGCGGCCACCACUCUGCGGGACAGCACACGAACCAUCUCACAGAGCGACGCCGACGAUGGAGGCGAAGCAGCAGCCGCCGAGGACCUGCUGCCCGCCAUCUCCGGCGCCUCCACAUCGGAUUACCUCAGCGGCGUCAAGCGCAAGUACCUCCCGCAGCUGCAGACGUCGCCGGAUCCCCUUGUGGUGCCCGCCUCCACCUCGGCGCCGAUCUUCAAUUUCAGCAGUGCCUCCGAUUUUGCGACCAUUUGCAAGCCAGCGCCCUUCUCCCACGACGAGGAGGCCAUGUUGGAGCGCGAGAGGUGCGACUACACGAACCGGAUCACCUACCAAAUGGCCCGCUCCGGACAGACUAACCGCAGGGUGAGGGUCUACGCCGAUGGCAUCUACGACCUGUUCCAUCAGGGCCACGCCCGCCAACUGAUGCAGGCCAAGAACAUCUUUCCCAACGUGUACUUAAUCGUCGGUGUGUGCAACGAUGAGCUGACCCACCGCAUGAAGGGACGCACCGUGAUGAACGCCUUCGAGCGGUACGAGGGAGUGCGUCACUGCCGCUACGUGGAUGAGAUUGUGCAGAAUGCACCAUGGUCGCUGUCCGACGAUUUCAUUGCCGACAACAAAAUCGAUUUUGUGGCCCACGACGACAUUCCGUACGGUACCGAUAACAUGGACGACAUCUAUGCACCGCUGAAGGCGCGCGGCAUGUUCGUGGCCACGGAGCGCACUGAGGGCGUGUCCACCUCGGACAUUGUGGCCCGGAUCGUGAAGGACUAUGAUCUAUAUGUGCGUCGCAAUCUGGCCAGAGGCUAUUCGGCCAAGGAGCUGAACGUUUCGUUCCUGUCCGAGAAGAAAUUCCGGCUGCAGAAUAAGAUGGACGAGCUGAAGUCGCGCGGCAAGCGGGAGCUGAGCAAGGUGAAGGUGGACAUUAUCACCAAGUGGGAGGAGAAGUCGCGCGAGUUCAUCGACACCUUCUUGCUGCUGUUCGGGCGCGAGCACCUCAACCACUUGUGGAACGAGUCGAAGGGCAAGCUGCUGCAGGCGCUCAGUCCGCCGGGCAGUCCGUCGGGAUCGGUGAACGGCGAUGACACGGAGGGCGGCGAGGACUACAGCGAGACCAUUGACGAGUACUUGGAGAUGGCCGAGAAGCUGAGCGAGGGCAGCGGCAGCAGUGGCUCGCUGAACGGCAAGCAGCGGCCAAAGCAGAAGCGCUCCUCGCUGGCACGCCGCAGUUACCAGAGCCUGCAGAGCCGGUCACCGGAACUGGGUGCGGAUGGGGACGAGGAGGCGGAGUACGAGCGGCGUAGCGAUUGAUUCUAGUGCGGGACAGCAGCCCGACCUUUUCUUCUUCUCUUACUGUCUUUGAUGCUACUGUAAAUUGACUCGUUUGCAACUAGUAGUGUUCAGCGGCACACCCUAGAUGCCCUAGGAUCGCCACUCGCAGGCCACCCGAAUCCGAAACGGAACCCACUUCUAUUUACUCUAGCCCUAAGUGGUACUGUAAUCCCCUAGUUUUAGUUGGCACUCGUGUUCUCCUCCUUACUCCACUCAGCCACUCCACCUUUCCAUCGCCAUCUUUGAGAAUCGAGGGAAUCGAGGAAACCUGUAGCUAAUUCAGCUGUGUGUGGUGGGACAAAAGCAACCAACGCAGAAAAGACUCAUUUUUGUAUUAGGCACUCGGCGGAUCGUGCAUGAAAUCGGCGGCGGCAGCGUUAGUUCCAGGUGCCGCAAAAUAUCUAGAAAUAUUUAUAUUAAAUUAUUUCGCAUAACAUUAAAUUAAGUUAACAAACACAACAACAACAAGAACACCAACCAAUUAUAGAGAAAACAACCAAACAAAACGCAUUCGGAAAACUCAAAAAAACCAGAAACAGUUGGCAAUAGCGGAAUUAUUGCAAAUGCUUUGUUAAAUAUUUUUUGAAAAAUAAACAUUGAAUCGAAAAAAAA